GCGGGCUCAGACGCAGUGCGUCGCCGCCCGGGCCGCCGGAGCGCCGGCUAUGUCCGACUCGCGGGUCCCGAACUCCUCCGGCCAGGGCCCGGGGGGCCGCCGGAGGUCCUGGGCCGAGCUGCUGGCUGGCAGGGUGAAGAGGCAAAAAUACAGUCCUGAGAGGGCACAGAAAUUAAAGGAAUCAGCUGUGCGCCUCCUGAGAAGCCGCCAGGACCUGAGUGCCCUGUUGCUUGAGGUAAGAGGAAGCUGCGGCGUUAAGAUUGAUGGUGCUUCUCUGACUCUGCACCAAGAACCGCUGCAUCAAGGCAGCAGCAAAACCACCUUGCCGGCCACAAGAGUCGCGCAGGUGACCUGCUCUGCCUUGCAGGAUCAGGCCUCACGGCUGGGGGUUCCUGUGGGUAUUCUGUCAGCCACGAUGGUUGCCUCUGGUGUGGGACAGAUCUGUGUGACUCCAGUGGAUCCCAGCCACCCUGUACUGCUGACCGUGGAGCAGAGAAAGAAGCUGUCUUCCCUGUUAGAGGUGGCUCAGUAUUUAUUGGCACACAAUAUGUUCUCCCGUCUUUCCUUUUGUCAAGAAUUGUGGAAAAUACAGGCAUCCUUGUCCGUGUUUGUCUCCAGCCAUCCCGACAUGCAUGGUGUGGGAGCGUGGCUCUUCAGGAACCUGUGCUGCCUCUGCGAACAGAUAGAAGCAUCCUGCCAGCAUGCUGAUGUCGCCAGGGCCAUGCUUUCUGAUUUUGUGCAAAUGUUUGUUUUGAGGGGAUUUCAGAAAAACUCAGAUCUGAGAAGAACUGUGGAGCCUGAAAAAGUGCCCCAGGUCGCGGUUGAUGUACUACAGAGAAUGCUGAUUUUUGCACUUGACGCUUUAGCUGCUGGAGUACAAGAGGAGUCCUCCACUCACAAGACCUUGAGGGGCUGGUUCGACGUGUUCAGCGGACACACGCUUGGCAGUAUAAUUUCCACAGAUUCUCCGAAGAGGUUUUUCAGUCAUACCCUGACUCAGAUACUCACUCACAGCCCUGUGCUGAAAGCAUCUGAUGCUGUUCAGAUGCAGAGAGAGUGGAGCUUUGCGCGGACGCACCCUCUGCUUACCGCGUUGUACCGCAGGCUCUUUGUGAUGCUGAGUCCAGAGGAGUUGGUUGGCCAUUUGCAAGAAGUUCUGGAAACGCAGGAGGUUAACUGGCAGCGAGUGCUCUCAUUUGUGUCUACACUGGUUGUGUGCUUCCCAGAAGCACAGCAGCUGCUCAGAGACUGGGUGGCGCGUUUGAUGGCCCAGGCAUUUGAGAGCUGCCAGCUGGACAACAUGGUCACUGCGUUCCUGGUCGUGCGCCAGGCAGCACUGGAGGGCCCCUCUGCAUUCCAGUCAUAUGCAGACUGGUUCAAGGCCUCCUUUGGGAGUGCGCGAGGCCACCAUGGCUGCAGCAAGAAGGCACUGGUUUUCCUCUUCAAGUUCUUGUCAGACCUUGUGCCUUUUGAGUCCCCUCGGUACCUGCAGGUGCACAUUCUCCACCCACCCCUGGUUCCCAGCAGGUACCGCUCCCUCCUCACAGACUACAUCUCACUGGCCAAGACGCGGCUGGCUGACCUCAAGGUGUCUAUAGAAAACAUGGGACUCUACGAGGAUUUGUCAUCAGCUGGGGACAUUACUGAGCCCCACAGCCAGGCUCUUCAGGAUGUUGAAAAGGCCAUCAUGGUAUUUGAGCAUACAGGGAAAAUCCCAGUCACCGUCAUGGAGGCCAGCAUAUUCAGGAGGCCUUACUACAUGUCCCACUUCCUCCCUGCGCUGCUCACACCUCGAGUGCUUCCAAAAGUCCCUGACUCCCGUGUGGCUUUUAUAGAGUCUCUGAAGAGAGCAGAUAAAAUCCCCCCGUCUCUGUAUUCCACAUACUGCCAGGCCUGCACCACUGCUGAAGCGAAGCCGGAAGAUGCAGCCCUGGGAGUAAGGGCGGACCCCAGCUGUGCCGAGGAGCCCCUGGGACAGCUCACGGCUGCCCUGGAAGAGCUGAGAGCAUCCAUGACAAACCCUAGCCAGCAUGACGUUAUCUCCGCACAGGUGGCAGUGAUUUCUGAAAGACUGAGGGCUGCCCUGGGCCACACUGAUGAUGAUGACAGCGUUGAGUUAGCAAAGAUUCAACUCAGCAUCGACACACCGAGACUGGAGCCACGGGAACACAUGGCCGUGGACCUCCUGCUGACGUCUUUCUGUCAGAACCUGAUGACAGCGUCCAGUGUGGCUCCUCCAGAGAGGCAGGGGCCCUGGGCCACCCUCUUGGUGAGGACCAUGUGUGGACACGUGCUCCCUGCAGUGCUCACCCGGCUCUGCCAGCUGCUCCGUCACCAGGGCCCGAGCCUGAGUGCCCCCCAUAUUUUGGGCUUGGGUGCCCUGGCCGUGCACCUGGGUGAGUCCAGGUCUGCGCUCCCGGAGGUGGAUGUGGGUCCUCCUGCUGCCACGGUGGGCCUUCCUGUGCCCGAGCUCUUUGAAAACCUCCUGACCUGUAGGACCAGGGGUUCCUUGCUAUUCUGCCUGAAGUUUUGUACAGCAGCAAUUUCUUACUCUCUGUGCAAGUUUCCCUCCCAGUCUCUUGGUGUCUUGUGCAGCUGCUUAUCUUCAGGCCUUAUUAAAAAGUUUCAGUUCCUUGUGCUCAGAUUAUUCCCAGAGGCCCGACAGCCUCUUUCUCAGGACGCAGCCAGCCUUUCCUGGAGACCCUUGUAUCUACCUUCUGCAGACUGGCAGAGAGCUGCCCUCUCUCUCUGGACACACAGAACCUUCCGAGAGCUGUUAAAGGAGGACGAUGUUCAGUUAACUUACCGAGACUGGCUACACCUGGAACUGGAAAUACGACCUGAAGUUGAUGCCCUUUCAGACACAGAAAGACAGGACUUCCACCAGUGGGCGAUCCAUGAGCACUUUCUCCCUGAGCCCUCUGCCUCAGGGGGCUGUGAUGGAGACCUGGAGGCCGCAUGUACCAUUCUUGUCAACGCGCUGAUGGAUUUCCACCAAAGCUCAAGGAGUUACGGCCGCUCAGAGAAUUCUGAUUGGGUCUUUGGCGGCCACACAGGAAAUGAGGAUAUUAUUUCCAGAUUGCAGGAGAUGGCAGCUGACCUAGAGCUGCAGCAAGACCCCUCGGUGCCCCCCAGCCACUCCCCUUCCCAGGGGCACUUCCUCUAUGGGAUUUUCCACAGACGGCUGCAGGCUCUGAUCAGCGGGUGGGGCGUAGCUGCCAGCCUUCAGAGACAGAGGGAGCUUCUCAUGUACAAAAGGAUCCUCCUCCGCCUGCCUUCAUCUGUCCUCUGCGGCAGCAGCUUCCAGGCCCAACAGCCCAUCACUGCCAGAUGCGAGCAGUUCUUCCACUUGGUCAACUCGGAGAUGAGAAACAUCUGCUCCCACAGAGGCGCCCUGACGCAGGACAUCACUGCCCACUUCUUCAGGGGGCUCCUGAACGCCAGUCUGCGGAGCAGAGACCCUUCUCUGAUGGUCGACUUGAUGUUGGCCCAGUGCCAGACGAAAUGCCCCUUAAUUUUGACCUCAGCUGUGUUGUGGUGGCCGAGCCUGGAGCCUGUGCUGCUCUGCCAGUGGAGGAGACGCUGCCAGAGCCCACUGCCCCGGGAGCUGCAGAGGCUGCAAGAAGGCCGCCAGUUUGCCAGCGAUUUCCUCUCUCCUGAUGCCACCCCCCAGGCACCCAACCCAGCCUGGCUCUCAGCUGCCGCACUGUACUUUGCAAUUCAACAAGUCGGGGAAGAAAAUGUCCGGACCCAGCUCAAAAAGUUGGACUGCGAGAGAGAGGAGCUAUUGGUUUUCCUUUUCUUCUUCUCCUUGAUGGGCUUGCUGUCGUCACAUCUGACCCCGAACAGCGCCCUGGGCCCACCAAAGGCUUUAGAUGUUUGUGCCGCAGUCCUCGAGUGUUUAGAGAAGAGGAAGAUAUCCUGGCUGGCGCUCUUUCAGUUGACAGAGAGUGACACCAGGCUGGGGUGCCUCCUCCUCCGCGUGGCCCCGGAUCAGCACUCCAGGCUGCUGCCUUUCGCCUUCUACAGUCUUCUCUCCAACUUCCACGAAGACGCAGCCAUGAGGGAAGACGCCUUCCUGCGUGUUGCUGUCGACAUGUACCUGAAGCUGGUCCAACUCUUCGUGGCUGGGGAUACGAGCACAGUUUCACCUCCAGCUGGCAGAAGCCUCGAGCUCCAGGGUCAGGGCGACCCUGUUGAUCUGAUAACAAAAGCUCGCCUUUUUCUGCUGCAGUUAAUACCUCGGUGCCCGAAAAAGAACUUCUCACACAUAACAGAGCUGCUGGCUCAUCGUGGAGACUGCGACCCGGAACUGAGCGCUGCCCUCCGGAGCAGGCAGCAGGCUGUGCCUGACACUGACCUGCACCGGGAGCCUCAUCUCUUCUGACAGGACCUGCCAGUGCACACCAGGCCCGCUCCUUUGUAAAUAAUUUAUUACAAGUGUAACAUGGAGCUCCUGUUGCACUAAAAAGUGGAUUACGAAUCUCCUCGAUUGCUUUAGUGGGGAAAAGGAAUCCAUUAUUUAUAAACUGCCUGGCCCCAAGUCACUUCAGUGUUUGCAGGAAAAUAAACCACUGGUCCCAGA